AUGCGGGAGGUGGAGCGGUGGAGAGGGGAGGUGGAGGGGUGGAAGGGGGAGGUGGAGGGGAGAAGUGUCGAGCAAGAGAGUAAGGAAAGGGGUGAUAAGGAGUGGAAAGAGGCAGUGGAGGGGUGGAGGAGGGAUAUGCGGGAGAGGGUGGAAGGGGUGGAUGGGAGGGUGCAAGAGGUGAGAGGGAGGGUGCAAGCGGUUGAAGGGAAAGUAGAGGGCGUGGAAAUGAGCUUAGAAGGAGUGAAAGGGAGGGUGCAAGGGGUGGAAGGGAGUCUGGAAGGGUUUGAAGGGAGGGUGAAGGAGGAAUGCGCUGCGGCGGUGGCAGCAGCAGUGGGAGGAGGGACCGGGAGGGGACACGGAGGAGGAGGUGGAGCAGGAGGAGAGGGGGACGACAAAGGGGAGAAGACAAGACAGUCAGAGCAGAAGGAGCUAGAGCAGAGGUUGCUGGAGCAAGUGGAGGAGAUCAGGCGAGAGGUGGGGGAUCUGGAGGGCAGUCUGGGGAAGGUGCAGGUGAAGCUGGGGCAGGUGGUUGAGAGGACGCCUGAGGUGGGGAGGCUGGAGGGAGCAGUAGAGCAGCUGGAGCAGGAGGUGAAGGAGGUGCGAGCGAUGGUGAUGGGUGGCGGGGUGGGCGAAGGAGGGGGCGCAGGGGCAGGGGCAGGGGGAGGGGGAGGGGGAGGGGGAGGGGGAGGGGGAGGGGGAGGGGGAGGGGGAGGGGAGGAGGUGGUAAAGAGGCUACGGCAGGUGGAGGUGGAGUUGAGUGCAGCGAGGGAGGCGGUGCAGGAGGUGUCUGUACGCGUUACAGAGCUGGAGGCGAGCUCCAUAACGGAAGAGGCGUCUGCUGCUGUGCAGGGCGCUGCUGUGGCGUCGAUCGAAACGCAGGUGGCUUCGAUAGAAUCACAGGUGGCUUCGAUGCAAGAGCAGCUGCAGAGGAUGCACGAACAGAUGGGGGUGGUGCAGGAGGGAGUGGGGUCGGCGCGGGAGAGGGUUGAGGGGAUGGAGGAGCAGGUGUUGGGGUUGGAGGGACGGCUAGUGAUGGUUGAAUCAGGGAUGGGAGUGGGUGCAAUGGGGGGGGAUGUUGAGAGGGAGAGUGAGGGGACGAGAGGGCUUAAGGAGGAAUUAGUUGGGGUAAGGAGGGAGUUAGCAAGGCUUGACACGGGAGUGAGGGGACUGGAGCAGUCGUUGAAACAGGCUGAGGAGGUUCGGCAGGAGUCGCAGGUUUGGGAGGCGCAGGCUCGGGAGUCGCUGGCUGUGGAGCUCCAGGAAGACCUGCAGCUAGCCAGGCAGAAAGGUUUGGAAGAGGCUCGGCAGGUGGUUCGGGAGGAAGUUCGUAAGGUGGGAUUACAAAGCAGGAGCGAAGGAGAUAAUGCUAAUGCUGAUGGCACUGGUGAAGGAGGGGACGAAAGAGGCAGCGCCAGUCCUGAUGGUGCUUCUGCCUCUGCUACUGCUUCUGCUUCUUCAGCAGCAACUGUUGGAUUGUGGGAGGUGGUAUCUAGCGUGCAGGUGGAGGUGAAAGAGCUAAGGACGCGGGGCUUUGCGCUAAGGGAUAGUGUGGAGGAGGUGAAAAGGGACAUGCGGAGGGAGGGGAGGACGUUUAAAGAUGCUCUGGCUCACCUUGAGACGGACCUUAAGGCGGUUCGGCGCAGCGCGGAAGAGGCUCGGGACGAGGCUGUCCGGCAGGCUCGGGAGAACGCGGAUCGGGCGGCUGAGAGGACGGAAAGUGCUGUGGCGAGUGCAGUGGGGGAGAUGAAUGGCUUGGUGAAGAGAUGGGGAGAGGUGGUGGGGGAGCAGAGGAAGAGAGUGGAUGAGGUGGAAGGGAAGAUGCAGCAACAGGUGCAGGGAGUGUCUGAAAAGGUGGUUGGGUUGGAAAGAGCAGUGGAGAGGAGUGGAGAGGAGUUGGCAGGGUUGCGGCAAGAGAGUGCAAAGGAGGUGGAGAGAGUAGAGAGGCUAGAAAAGAGGGUUGAGGAAGGGUUGGAGAAGGUGGAGAGGGAUGCAGGUGCGGCUUCUGCUGCGGCUGCUGAGGCAGGAAAGAAAGCUGCUGAUGGGGAAGCAGCAGCAGCUGCUGCAGUGGAAGCGGCAAGAGCAGAUGCAGCAGCGCGGAUCGAGCUUCUAGAGGCGGAGAUUGGCACGAAGAUCAACGGUGUGGAGAGCGAGUUGGGUGCUGUGCGUGAGAAGAUCAACGGUGUGGAUGAGAAGGUGGAAAGGUUGGGAGAGGAGAUGGUGCAGGUGCAACUGAAAGCAGAUGGGACAGAGGAGGGGGUGCAUGCUCUAGAGCUUCAAGCGGGAAGCCUGGCUGACCACGUGAGGGCAGUAGAGGAAGAGUUGAAUCUGGAGAAGCGGAGAGGGGAGGAGAAAGCAGCGGAAGAUGCGCUGAGGCGGUGGACCGAGGAGGAGAGUGCGAGAGAGACCGCAGCAGAUGUGGAGAGUAUUAAAGCCCGGGUUGAGGAGAUGGAGAGGUUGCAGCAGAGCCUGGUGCAGGCGCACGAGAAGACGGUGCAGGAACUGGUAUCAGAGCAGGCGCGGCUGCUGAAGGGGCAGGAGGAGCUUUCGCAGGAGGUGCAGCGGCAGGAGGAGGAGCGGCUAGCUGCUUCCCAAACGAUGCUGGCGCGGUUGCAAGCGGACGUGCGUGCGCUGGUUGGGAAGCUGGAGGGCGUGGUGAGGGAGGAGCAGAGGAAGAUGCGCGGGGAGGUGGCGGCAGGCGUGGGGAAGUUGGAGGGCGAGAUGAAGCGCGUGGAGGGCAAGGUGCAAGGCGUGGAGGAACGCGUUGGGACGGCGCUUGAGCAAUGCCAGCGGCUGCAGGGGUUGAGCAGGGAUCACAAGGAGGACUUGGCGCGCAUAGAGGGCGACCUGCACACGCUCUCCCUCUCGCACUCGCAGCUGCUCGCCAAUCUCCAGGCCAAGCAGUCCAAGCAAGGCCUUGGGUUCAUGAGGUGGCACCAGCCGCGCCCGUCCAAGUCAGAGGAGGACCCGUCUCCUUCCGAGAGCCCCACCAACCCUCACGCCCGCAGAGCCUCGCUGCGGCCCCCCUCGGCCUCCCCCUCCCCCGAGCUCCGUGCGUCGUCCAUGUCGUCAGAUGGCAGUGCCACCACUGGCGGGGCCAUUGUGCUCGGUCUCAAGUCACCAACUGGGGCUGAUUAG